CUCUCCGGGUUGCUUCUCCUCACGUCUCACCACCCUCCUCUUCUCCCAGUGACCUCCCACCCGGCCACCCCUCCUCCCCCAUCCCAAAUCCACCACCACCCGCCGGAAACCCUAAAUCACCUGCCUAGCUUGCGCGGUUACGGCCUGCCCGGCGCCUCGCGGGCUCCAAGGGGUGCGUCUCGCGGGGCCAUCGCUGUCGACCGCCAUAACCGCCGCCGCGGCCUCCUACCUCGACUGGACCGGGGACGGGUGGAGAUCCAUCGAUUUCUCCGUUUCCUGGCUUCUGAAGUAUUGUUGCUUUAUUGCUGCAUUAUGAUCAUAUGAUUGUGUGCACAAUGGAAUCAACUUUACUUGAUGGUCUCCCUAAUGAAGUUGCUCGCCAGUGCCUUGCACGGGUCCCGUUCUUGUUUCAUCCCAUGCUUCAGUUGGUUUGCCGUUCUUGGAGAGAAUCAGUUCGCAGUGGUGAACUUCUCAAAAUACGGAAUCAGAUUGGUGCGACAGAAGAACUGUUAUGUGUAUUGGCAUUUGAACCAGAAAACAUGUGGCAACUUUAUGAUCCCCUUCGGGACAAGUGGAUAACUCUCCCUAUCAUGCCAUCUCAGAUUAGGAACAUAGCCCGCUUUGGAGUGGCCUCAGUUGCUGGCAAGCUCUAUGUAAUCGGUGGUGGCAGUGAUCGAGUUGAUCCACUUACCGGAGACCAUGACAGGAUCUUUGCGAGCAAUGAGGUUUGGUCUUAUGAUCCGCUACACCGAGUGUGGUCCCAGAGGGCUCCAAUGCUUGUGGCUCGAGCAAUGUUUGCUUGUUGUGCAUUGGAUGGUAAAAUAAUCGUGGCCGGGGGAUUCACAAACUGUCGCAAAUCGAUAUCAAAGGCUGAGAUCUAUGACCCUGAAGCUGACACGUGGGAGCCUCUCCCUGACCUUCGUCAGGCACACAGCUCUGCAUGUUCUGGACUUGUCAUCAAGGGUAAGAUGCAUGUAUUGCAUAAAGGCCUGUCAACAGUGCAGAGUCUGGAAGAUGGUGGCAGUCAGUGGGCUGUUGAAGAUUUCUCUUGGCUGCAAGGCCCAAUGGCGAUGGUUGGUGGAGAGCUCUAUGUGCUGAGCAAUAGCUGUAUUAUGAAGCAACGUGGGGAGAACUUUCCUGAUAAGAUGGUGUCUUGUGCAUCUGAAUUCCAAAGCAGGAUCGGCUUCGGGAUGAUUGGUCUUGGCGACAGCAUAUAUUUGGUUGGGGGAGUGAUUGGACCAGGGCCAAGAAACCAGUGCAUCAAGCCGCUGUCUGAUGUUGAUAUCUUGAAUGUCACAAGCGAGAGACCAACCUGGCGACCAGGGUCACCAAUGACACAUUGUCGAGGGAGCAUCUGCGGCUGUGCUUUGUUGAGGAUUUAGCCCGUUUCCAGCUUGAGCUGUUGCUGAAUCGAUUGGAGAUGGCUUUCAUUCGUCCUAAUUUUUGUUUUAUUUAAAGGAGGGCUGUUGAUUAUGCUUUGCCUUUGGAUCUCAUGUUGUAGCGUUGAGGGCAUGCAUUGGUCAUGACCCAGUGUCAGAUUGCCGAUCAGAUAUAUACUAUAUUUACCAUGAAUGUUGUUACAGUCAUAGUAGAUACUACUAUAUGCAUAUGUGCACUUGGAACUAACAUGUCUUCGUGCUAUGUCUAAAA